GAAACCACAGUUUGACAGAACAUUGAUGCAGCAACAAGAAGCUGCCAAAUUCAUCUGCAAUUUUUCCCCUUCCCUCCGUUUCCGAACCAAUCAUUUUAACAGCUCUAUCCUCUAACAUUACCCCUUCCUCAUCAGUUUCAGCACAGCUACUUCAAAGCAUUCUAUUUUGCAAAAAAACAACCACGAUGUCCAUGCCCAUGGUGUUGAUCACAACAACUUUGAAGCUGUUUUUGUUGAUUUUGUUGGUUCAAAACACCAACUCUGUGUCCCACAAAAAGGGGUCUGAAAAAAGAUUGGUGGUCAUUCAAGAAGCCCAUCAAAAGUGGGUGAAACACAUGGGUUCCUUCAACCAUUCUCUAUCCCAGAGAGGCAAUAACAAGUCCAAGCCUUGUUUAAGAAUUAAGGUACAUAAGAACCCCAAAAAGGGGAAAUUUGUUUCAGUUCAGGAAGCCAUAAAUUCACUCCCGGUUGUCAAUCUCUGCCGGGUGGUUAUAUCGGUUAGUAAAGGAAUUUACAGGGAGAAGGUUGAUAUUCCUGCGAGCAUGGCGUAUGUCACCCUGGAAGGAGAAGGGGCAGAAAAGACCAUUAUUGAGUGGGAUGACACAGCAGACAGGAAAGGGAAGAAUGGGAAGCCGUUGGGUACCUAUGCAUCUGCAACAGUAGCAGUUAACUCUCCUUACUUCAUUGCCAAGAACAUUGCCUUCAAGAAUACAGCACCGCCGCCACCAUCGGGGGCACUGGGAAAGCAAGCGGUGGCGCUACGCAUCUCGGCCGACAUGGCAGCAUUUAUAGGCUGCAAGUUUAUUGGGGCACAAGACACUCUCUACGAUCAUACGGGCAGGCAUUACUUCAAAAACUGUUACAUUCAGGGCUCCGUGGAUUUCAUAUUCGGCAACGGUCUUUCCCUGUACGAAGGCUGUCAUUUGUAUGCAAAAACCAACAGUUUUGGAGCCUUGACAGCCCAGAAGAGGGGGAGCUUUCUUGAGGAAACUGGGUUUUCGUUUGUUCGUUGCAAGGUUACUGGCUCAGGUGCCCUCUACUUGGGUAGGGCGUGGGGUUCUUUCUCUAGGGUGGUCUUUGCUUACACUUACAUGGACAAGAUAAUCACUCCUAAAGGGUGGUGGAAUUGGGGAGAUAAGAACAGGGAAAUGACUGUAUUCUAUGGGCAAUUCAAGUGUUGGGGACCAGGGGCUGAAUACGGAGGGAGGGUCACUUGGUCCAGGGAGCUCACUCGACAAGAGGCUGAACCAUUUAUCUCACUUGACUUCAUUGAUGGCCACAACUGGCUUCCUAAUUUCUGAAAUUCUGCGGUUUUCUCAGCCUAACCUUCAAUACAGCAACUCCAAUUGCGAAAAUGAUUCACUUAUUUCCAUCAGUGAACAAGUUUCACUCUAAUUAUUCUGAGUCUGAACAGCUCAGAUUCACCUAAGAAUCACAAAAAGUACCCAAUGCAGCAGUUUAGUUACUUACGACGAUCAAUAUUUGACUACUACGCGAAACCUCUUGUAAUCUUUCCCUAUGUUCUUCAUUCGUCAGGUGCAUGUAGUCAACAUGAUUAACCCUGCUAGCACAACAAUGCGCACCUUAAUUUGUACAUGUCCAUGUGUCAAAAAGAUUGCGAGAUAGUAAUCCCCCAAA